AAUAGCAAGGGGAGCCCCAGGUCUGCUAAUCCCAGCAGCAGAAGCAUCGGCCCACAUUCAAAACAAAUACGGGUCAACCCAUUUCGGCGUCAAAUCUCCAAAUCCGACGACGGCGAUUCGUUGCAGCAUCGAAGUAGCAACAAAGAUGCAAUCUUUAAAGGAGAUCAUGCCAGCAGCACGGAACAACAUAAACACACAAUUCAUAGUUUUGGAAAAAGGGAGGAUAACAUUAGAAGGAGGUGAAAACAAGACGUGUUUGGGACUCGUGGCAGAUGAGUCUGCAUCGGUUCACUUUCAAUUCUGGAAUGAAGAGUGCGAGGCUUUUCAGCCUGGAGAUAUUGUGCGCUUGUCUAAUGGAAUAUUCUCUUAUAAUCGCAGUAAUCAUUUAGUUUUGAGGGCCGGGAAAAGAGGCAAGGUAGAGAAGGUCGGAGAGUUUACAAUGGCGUUUGUGGAAUCACCAAAUAUGAGUGAGAUUUCAUGGGUCCCGGAUCCGAAUAACUCAGGUAAAUAUAUACAAGAGUCUAUUAUUUCUCCCCGUUCGCGUAUUUUCCCACCAAUGGUUUAAGGCGUUGUCGAAAAAGCUUUGUAAAUGAAGCUAAUUGGCACGAAGGCAAAAACUGCUAUGUACUAUGUAUCGCAAGUAUUAUGUGGUGCGGUUUUGACUAAAAUUUUGAGUUUAAAUUGUUUUCUUGUUUUUAUAUUCAAA